AUGGACUUUUCUAAAUUCCUUCAAACUUGGCUUAAGAAGCUCAACCUUAAGCUAUUUGCCAUGAAUUAUACGCAUGAUCUUUUGCCUAACUUAUGGUGCUUUUACAAAAAUCUGAGGAUUCUUAAAGCUAACCUAAAAGAGUGGAACAAAAACAGUUUUGGUAAUGUGCAGGAAAAAGUUAAACUGGUGCAAAAUGGCGACAGGAAAUUUGGUUGUGAUGAGAAAACUAUCAAAGCGGUUUGUGUACAAAAUUCAGUACAAAGGGAUCAGCUAGGAGGCAGUGAUAUAUAUGAAACAGUUCGUUCUGAAGUUAGGCGGGCUAUUUCUGAGAUUCAGAUUGACCUCGAAAGUGCUAUUCAAGUGAGUAACGCUACAGCCGUUACUGUCACCGAUAUGGCUGAUAUUCAUCCUGACUUGCUAAGCCCUGGUACAAUAGAAUUAGCAUUGGAGACUAGAAGAGAGUAUACCAAAAAGCUUGAAGAGGCCAAAGAGCGAGCUAGACGUCUUAGAGCAGAUCUGGCAGUUGAAGAACAUCGAGUGAGAGAACUGGAUAGAAUCUUGAGAGAAGUUCUUCCAUAUCCCAAGACUCCUAAUAUACCAAAGUCUCGUCCAUCAAGAAAAUCUAGCAUUGAAAGAAAAAGGAUGUCGAAACGUCUUGCAGAAGAUGCCAAGGCUUAUUUUGACGAUAUGGUUGGUCCACCUACUCCAUCUCGUUUAACCGAGCAAUCCGGCACUCAAGAACAAUCACACCAUAUCCAUUAUGACACAAUGCAGCCACCAGCCAGCAUUGAUUCCGAGGAAGCUAUCCAUGAACAAGUCAGCUCAACUGCUGAUAGCAAAGAAACUGACUCUAAACACUGCUUCUCCUUUGCACAGAAACCAUCUGAAGGCACUACAGCUCAACAAGAUAUCCAACAAUACAUAAAAAAGUUUGAAAAAAGUGUUUCAAAGUUGCCAAGUAUGAGAUCAAGUUAUGGUGACAUGUGUGACUAUAGUUUCCAAUCAUCAGCUGAGAGCUUGUUGAUUGACAGGGUGAUGCUAAGAAGUAGAAUUGAAUCUGGUAGGUUUUUACUCUGUGGUGGUGGUAACUUUUGGUCACCUUGA